AUUCAAGCCACGAUGAGCUACGGAUCUGACGUCUACUCUUCUUCUUCCUACCGAAGAAUCUUCGGGGAAUCUCCCCGCUAUGCGUCCUCUCCAUCUCGGACGGCCAUGAGCGUGUCCUCGCGGGGUGGCUACCGAGCCACCUCCACUUCCAGGACCAACAUUUCACCCGCGGGCGGGUACACCCGAAAGUCCGGACGCGCCUACUCGUCCAUGCCUCUGGAAACCUUCGACCUGGCACAGAGUAGCGUUCUCAACAAUGAGUUCAAAAUUGUCCGCACAAAUGAAAAGGAGCAAAUGCAAGGUCUCAAUGACCGAUUUGCGAUGUUCAUCGAGAAAGUGCGCAACUUGGAGCAGCAUAACAAAGUGUUGGAGACAGAGCUGGUAGCCCUGCGUCAGAGGCAGGCGGAGCCGUCCCGUCUUGCCGAGCUGUACCAGCAGGAGAUCCGCGAACUGCGCUCCCAGCUGGACGACCUCAAUGGGGAGAAGUCCCAGCUUCUCAUAGAGAGAGAUAGUAUUGAUGAUGACCUCCAGAAGCUCAGGGUAAAAUAUGAAGAAGAGUUCCGUGCUCGAGAAGAGGCGGAGGCUACUCUCAAGGCUUUCAAAAAAGAUGUGGAAGAUGCCACCAUGGUGCGCCUGGACCUGGAAAAGAAGGUUGAAUCCCUUCUCGAUGAAAUCAACUUCCUGAGAAAGGUUCAUGAUGAAGAGGUGGCCGAGCUCACCGACAUGAUCCAGGCAGCUCAAGUGUCUGUAGAGAUGGAGGUCGCAAAGCCGGACCUGACCUCCGCCCUCAAGGAGAUCCGAAGCCAGUACGAGUCGAUGGCAUCCAAGAACCUGCAAUCUGCCGAAGAGUGGUACAAGACCAAGUUUGCCGACCUUUCGGAGCAGGCUACUCGAAGCAAUGAUGCCAUCCGUGCCAGCCGAGAGGAAAUGAGCGAGUUUAGGAGGCAGUUGCAGUCCAAGACUAUCGAGAUUGAGAGCCUGAGAGGCACUAAUGAGUCCCUGGAAAAGCAGCUCAGGGAGAUGGAGGACAGGCACGCCGUGGAGAUCGGAAACUAUCAGGACGGCAUAGCAGAGUUGGAAAAUGAGCUGAGGGCUACUAAAAGUGAGAUGGCUCGUCACUUGAGGGAGUAUCAAGAUCUGCUGAAUGUCAAGAUGGCUCUUGAUAUUGAGAUAGCGGCGUAUCGAAAGCUGCUGGAGGGUGAGGAGACCCGCAUAGGGUCAGGGAUAACCUACCCGAGCCCGUCUAUAACUUCAGGCGGUGGCCAGAGCUACAACUACCAGUCCCGCAUCUACACCAGCUCUGGCAAGAGCUCCAAGAGGGAAGGCAAGGAUGAGAGCCAGCCACCGAGCAAGGCUGGGAGCAAGGCCACUCAUGAGGUUUAUGAGGAGACAGUGGUGACCACUAAAAAAGUAGAGAAGCAGCAAGAUGCCAGUGAUUCUUCUACUAAUCAGAAAAACUAGGAGCCUAGUGUAAGCCUGCUAGACCACUAAACCUUAUUUGUCUUGCAUCUCCCGUACCCCAUUCUUUUCAGUUUCCAUACAAAAAAAAAAAAACUAGUAUCUUUACACUUACAGCACCACAGGGACCUAAGAUGCUCGUUUGCCUUCUCAUAAACAACUUGUAUUAAUGUGUUGGUAAAACAUAUAGGAGUGCAAUUUCAGCGAUACAAGUUUGUUUAGGUUUUUGUUUGUUUGUUUGUUUCCUUAUAAAACACACAUUUCCAAAGGAAAGCAUUAUAACUCCACUAUAACAAUCUCCGCUCAAUGUUACUUAUAGUUCUCUUAUUUGUUCUGUCAUUCACUUACCAAGAAUAACCUCUUAGGAAGCACAUUUUAGAUCAGUAAAAUACUCAACAGCUUAUUCACUCGUGCAUCAUGUAGAUGCAUAUAGUAGGUCAUAAGUCUUUAAAUAGCACAACAAAACUUCAAGAAAAAAUAUGUUUGCAACCAUGGUACAUUCUUUGAACACAACCUGUAUACUAAUUCCAAUUUAAAUAGAAGAUAGAUUAAAGAGUUCAAAGGGAAAGCACACAUUCAAUGAUCCACUGGUUUAUGAUGUUGCUUAAUUGACAUUAAAUCAGUUUUUUUUUUUUUUUUUUUUAAAUUAAGUCACUUUGUCACCAAUUUAACAAAUAAAUCAAGGUGCACAGUCGAGGUUGGACAUCCUCAAAGGAACACUGCCCUCUCUUACACUACUUAUUGAAUGAUAAUAGUUGUCAUGUUUAAAUGAGCAAAAAAGAAAUGUAUGUGUAGCCAGCUUAAUUUGCAUAGUGUUUUUAGAUGUCAUCCUUGCAUGGAAUACGCUCCAUUGCUCAUAAACACAUUGACUGGAUUAUGGGUUGGCCCAUACCUCUCUCCCACAGUUGUAUAACAUCAUCAAGCAAAGUCUCAAUUGACUAUAAAAUCGAUAAAAAAUACAAGUUUGAACAGAAAUUAUGCACAGGAAAAGGUUAUGUAACUUACACUUAAGCACAAAAAGCUGAUUAUGUAUAAUGCACCUAAGUGUAGUUACAUUCCUCACACUUAAUUGAUAGUUAAAGCUUAUCUAAAGCAUACAAUCCAUACCACUCAGCUUCAAAGACGAAACCUUGCAACCGCACUCGGAAUAGAGCCAAUCCAAAAACACCACUUUGUAAUUUUUUUUCAAACGUGACCUUUAUCUUUUGAACUUUGGCCAUGACUGGAUACAAUGCCUGUUGUAGUACGACCUCCCUAGUAGAAACCUGUUAGAGUGAGCCUCCGGUAGCUCACUUUUUGCUUGCUAAACAAAGCAAUGUUGUUCUUGUGCUACUCACUAUGGUAGACCCCGCUCUGACAAGCUGCAUUCACACCACUAUUUGGAAAAAAAAAAAAAAAAAAAAAAGACACACACACACACGCACAAACA